AUGAACAACAUCCAACAACUGAGGGUACAACUGGAGAAGAUGUUCGAAUCUAUGGGCGGCCCCAAGUUGGAGCGAGACGCUGCUGAUAUCUUGAAGGAUCUGCAGAAUAGGCUGAAUGGGACGUUAGAUGAUCUGGCGUCGAUGUUUGCUAACAGCUUGGAGUCGCGAAUCACAGCCAGUGUGAAGGAACUAGGAGAAUUGCUGCAGAAAGUUGGAGGUGGUGCAGCACCUGGUCAACAACAGCCUCCGGUACACCACGAGGCUGAUGAAGUGCUAAGACCACUUAUGGAUAUUCUGGAUGGUUCUCUCACAAUGUACGCGGAAUCCUGUGAAAAGACUGUUCUUAAACGAUUACUAAAGGAAUUGUGGAAGAUUGUGAUGAAGAUAUUAGAAAAGACUGUUGUGCUCCCGCCUAUGACUGAUAAGACGAUGAUGUUGAAGAACCUGACGAACAACGCAAAGAACUUGGCAGCGAAUGCGAAGAUCGAAGACAUGACCCAGUUGUUCAAGAGCACUGUGGGUAAACAGGAUGUCAAGCAUGCACUCUCUGGCGUCAUGGACAUAUCUAAAGAGCAUCUGUCAGCUGAGAAGAGCUUGACACCGAAACAGUGUGGAGUACUGGACGCUGCAUUGGACACCAUCAAGCUAUACUUCCACGCAGGAGGCAAUGGACUCAAGAAAGCCUUCUUAGAGAAGAGUCCAGAACUGCAGUCCUUGAGAUAUGCUCUCAGCUUGUACACACAAACUACUGAUACGUUGAUCAGGACAUUUGUUAGCUGUCAGCAGAACCAAGACGCUGCAGUCGUGGAAGAGGGAAGCGUGGGUGAAGUGUCACUGCAAGUGGACCUGUUCACGCAUCCUAACACUGGCGAACAUAAGAUCACGGUGAAAGUGGUAGCAGCAAAUGAUCUGAAGUGGGUGAUCCAAAGCGGUAUGUUCCGUCCGUUCAUCGAGGUUAAUCUAAUCGGUCCACACCUCGCGGAGAAGAAGAGGAAAUUCGCCACCAAGUCCAAGAGCAACAACUGGAGUCCCAAGUUUAAUGAGACGUUCCAUUUCAUGGUGAGCAACACGGAACAGCUGGAUCUGUUCGAGCUGCACGUGUGUGUUCGUGACUAUUGCUUCGCACGCGAAGACAGGCUGGUCGGCGUUGCUAUAAUGCGCAUGACCGAAAUUGUUGAACAGGGGGCCAUCGCGUGCUGGUUGCCUCUAGGCACCCGAAUCAAAAUGGACGAGACUGGCUGGACGAUACUAAGAAUACUUUCUCAAAGGCACAAUGAUGAAGUCGCUCGGGAGUUCGUCAAGCUCAAGUCAGAAAUGAGGACCGAGGCACCUGCUGGUGCGCCGGGCCCAGCGUGAACCACUUAAGCAAAACCCCACGUGCCACAACAUUCUACACAACCUACCAACUCCAAGACUGCGACUGGACUGAUAGAUCCGGUUGUGAUGUCCCUUAGUAUUUCAAAACAGUUUAAUGUGCGCAAACGAGACAGAAUUAAGUUCUGUACGAUGCGUAAGAAAGAGACGAAGCCACUGCAACGGAGUUUGGAAGUGACAUCGGCGCUCUGGCGGCUCCCGGUCAGUGCUCGUUCGUUUUGUUUCGUACAAUCUCGACGGAGAUGUGUUUUGUAAAUAAAAUUUAUCUUUGUUAAGUUACGCGGAUAGUAGAAUAUUUUGCACAAAUUCGUAAACAUUAGCCGAAAAGACUGACCGUAGGCGGCCGGGCGCCGCGGCGGACGCGACUUAGGCAUCCAGCUACAUAUCCUAUCCAAGAGACACUUUUAACUUCCAUUGUAUGACAUUUACAAAGCCCUUAGCGCUCCAUAAUUUUAUUAACUUCGCUCUUUUAAUUCUUUAUUGCUCAGUCGCGAAGUGUUCUAUCUUAAAUCAAUCAGCCCGACUUCUUUCGCUGGGUACCUAAAUUCGCGAACGCAUCGUUGACCCACGAUUUAUGUAAUAAUAUUUAUAUGGACCAAACUGUCGUAAAUACGGAUGAAUUAAUCCUUAAACAUUAAUAUUAAAAAUGCAACAUAAUUAUUUAUCUAAUUAAUCAUCUACUCGUUAUACGUGUACAGUAAGAUAUAUGGCCUUAUGUAAAUUAUUUCCUUUUAUUGGUUUCAAUGCUUAUGUCGAGUCGGUAAUGUGUAAAAGUGUUGAGGAUAUUUCCUGAGUGCUAAGAGGUAUGCGUUUAUAUUUUCCUUUCAGUAAAUGCGUGGUGUAUAGAAUAAUGCGAAAUUUAUUAAGCAUGUUCGUUUAGGUGAUGAGUGUUAUAUAAAAUGGAAUUAAUAAUAAUAGUCAUAGCCGUCGUUCGUUCUUGGAAUCCUUUACGCGAUGCUUUUUGACGUCUGUACUUAAAUAUAGAAUUAGAUAUAAAGUUAUCUUGAAGCAUAUAUCUUUAUUCAAACGCAACGUUUAAUACUAAUGGCUUCCGCGAUAAAUAUAGUCAAUCUACAGAGGAAAUCGUGUGUUUUGAUUUACAUUGUACGUCAUAUAAAUCUGUCAAAAUAAUAUUGGUGUUAAAGUAUUUGUAUUCUAUGAAUGUUAUAGACUUGUCCGUUAAAUAUAAUUAAUAAAUGUUGCCUCAAAAAGUAUCGCGUAACAAAAUGGAUAGAAAAAAUUUGCGGUAUAUUGUCAUCUUUAAAAAAACUAAUAUAACAUUAUUUUACGUGUCCCGUUUUGAGUGACCCAUUAUUAUAUGUAUGUGAUCCAUUAUAUAAACAGAUAUGUAUGUACAUAACAAUAAGUAUAUGUUAAAUGUGUAUAUCACAGUAUUUGCU